AUGGCAUUCACCCUUACUAGGCACAAUAUUUCCUAUUCCUUUAAAACCAAUCUUUGCAUUGCUGAACUCUUAUACGAUAAAUAUGAAGAAACUGGUGGCCUGGGAUAUUUCGAAAUGGCAAGAAAGAUUUUCAACAAGUUUGGUACAUUGCUAUUAACCUCCGACAGAAUGCUAGAGAAAAUUGACAGGACAACAUCAUGCAGAGCUUUGUGGCUUAGAGGACUUGUGGAGAGAUCUUCAAAGUCAGCUAUCACCAAUCAAUGGUUCGAGCAAUCUAAGCAAAUGAUAGACAAAGAUAUAAUACUCCCUAAUUGUGCACUUGGCAAUAUAGAUAUUAGUGAGCUAGAAACACUUGACAAGGUUCAAGUAAUAGCAAUUUUAGAUUUUUUUAUUACUUAUUUUACUAAAAAUGUUUCAGAUAUGUUGGACUAUCCAGAUAUUCAAAGUACAAUAGCAAAAAUCGAUCAAUAUACUCAAAGAGUUAUUUUCCCCGAUGAAGAUAUCAAGCAAACCAAGCCUAUACAUACUUUAGCUUACAAAAUACUCAAUCUCCUAAACUCUUUAGGUCUUGGAAAGCGCUCCAUCAGUGUUUACACGAAAGAGAUUUGCAGAUUCUUGAAGAUAUUUUACCAUUUAGCUCCGUUUACAAAUGAAAAGGAAAGAAAAGAAUUUUUGACACAUGUUCGUAAAAAGGUACUCUACGAAUUUGAUCCUCUCAGAAGAAUUAAAUUACACAGAUUGUAUGGAAAAUCUGCAACAGACAAAUCAUUAACAAGCGAAAAAAAUUCAAUCCUUGCUGAAAUUUCAACAGUCAUCUACAUGACCUUUGACAUGAAAAUUAAUCUAACCGAUUCUGGUCCUGACACAAAAUUCAAAGAUUGUGAGAAACCAUCAAAAGUAUUAGUUGAUGAGGAUGCAAACGCAAUCCUCUUUAGAAUUUUGAAACCAACAUUUGAUAGCAAGCUUGAAGGAAAGUCUUCCAUGAGACAGAUAAUAUUACCAUUUAUCAAAAGAAUUUCCAAUGCAUUCGAUACUAUUCCUACACCAUGUAAGGAUAUCAAGCCAUCCAUAGAAAAGUUAAUAGAUGGAGAUUUGGUAUUUGAAGAGGUAGUAACUCUUCCUGCACUCAAUCUUGAAUAUAUCUAUGAAGAAAUACCUCUUUACAUUGCCAAAUAUUUGCUUAAGGAAUUAGAAUCAAAUCCAAAACCCGAGGAAUAUUUUGGAGAUGAUGAAUAUCGCUUCUCCUCUUGCGUAUACAAAUUAGAAAAAUCUCUAUGUUGUAAACCUGAUAAUUAUAAUUCUUGGAUCAAUCUUGCAAAUUCCUAUUAUUCAGUGCUAGAGUUUCUGUUGGAUCUAGUUGAUAUUACAACAAAUAGAACUGAUGUAUUAUUUAGGCAAGGGAUUGACAGACAACAUUUGAGACUCGAUAAUGAUGCUGAUUUCGAAAAAGAUUUAGAUAUUUUUACUCGUAGAUGUUUGAAUUGCUUCACAAUAGCUCUCAAACUUUGCACAGUUCCAGAAGAGCAAGACAUUCUUUCCAAUGCAAUUAAUGUGCUUUUUACACUAAUAGAAGAAAAACCAUCUGAAAAUCAUCUCAAAUACGCUAUUCCACUAUACUUUGCAAUUUCUAAAGUCAGAAAGAACAAGUCGUCUUUGAACAAUAAUCAGAACCUUAUCGAACACAAAAUUAGAAUCAGAGAAUAUCUUUCCAAACAUCCAUCUACUUCCAGUUGCGUAGUCACAGAGAAGGGUACAAAGAAAAAUCUUAAUGCUCUGUAUCAAAAGGAAUACUUUGUGGACCUUGUUAAAUUCAAAAAUAUUGAAAGAGAAGAACCUAAAGAAAAGAAAAAGGAUAAAGAGAAGAAGGAUAAGAAGGAUAAGAAAGAUAAGAAAGAGAAAAAGAGUGAAAAGAAGGAUAAAAAGGAUAAGGAAAAUAAGGAAAAGAAGGAUAAAAAGGAAAAGAAGAAAGAUAAAUCCGAAAAGAAGGAAAAGACUGAAUCCAAAGAUAAAAAAACUGACAAGAAGGAAAAGAAGGAAAAAAAAGAAAAGACAGAAGUGAAGAAAAAGAAAGAAACUAAAAGUACAGAGCCACUUUUAUCUGCACCAACCGAAACAAAACGAAGAAAAAAGCAACCUCCAACUCCAUCAAAACCAAUUCAAUCCUCAUCUUCAGAAAACACUAUCCCACCAAGCACACUCGCUCAAAUCAUUGAAAAUCCUAUUUUACAAUCAGUGGCCACUGACCUUCUACCACUUGUUGGUAAUCCUGCCCUCAACCUAACUCCUGAGAAGAAAUCUCCUUCAAAGAAAAUAUCGAGCUCGCCAUCCAAACAAGCCAACAAUACCAAAUCACCAAAAAAAGAAUUCAUCUUCCACAACUACACUCCUGCUCAACCACCAACCAUUAUUGCACCACCAACUCAAUCAAAAACCAGUUUACAACAACUGGUCACUUCAAUGGCUCCUACUGAAUUCACUCCCCCAAGAACACCCCAAAAACCAACUGCAACUACAGAGCCAGAAGUAAUUUUAAUAGAUGAUGAAUAA